GCAGAGACGGCCCUCCCCGGGCGGGCGGUGCUUGGGGCCGCGGGCCCGGCUGCCCCGGGGGGACGCUGCGAGCGGCCCUUCCCCGCGGGUCUCGGCCUAAGGGGGAACCGGGGGCGCCUGCCGAGGCGGCAGCGGUGAGGAGGCCUCACCUCACCUCACCCCGCCCGGCCCGGCCCCGAGGGGACACCCGCUUGCGCUUGUCUCCUCUCCAGGAAAAAUGAUUUCUGAAAGCAGCUCCUUCGUGAAGGGUGUGGUGCUAGGAGGAGCCUUCUGCAUGCUGGUCACACUCCUGGGACACAUCAAGGUGGGCCACGGGACAAAGGCACAUCACCACGAGCAUCACCACAUCCAGGCUCCCAACAAAGAAGAUGUCUUAAACCUCUCAGAAGGUGAACGCAUGGAGCUUAGUAAAAGUAUCCGUGUUUAUUGUAUCAUCCUUGUGAAACCAAAAGAUCUGGGGCACUGGGCUGCUGUGAAAGAGACGUGGAGCAAGCACUGCGACAAGGUGGAAUUCUACAGCUCUGAAAACGUCAAAGUGUUUGAUUCUGUAGCCCUCAACACAAAUGACAUGUGGGCAAUGAUGAGAAAAGCUUUCAAGAUAACAUAUGAACGCUAUAAAGACGAAUUCAGCUGGUUCUUCCUUGCGUAUCCAACAACAUUUGCUAUUAUUGAAAAUCUCAAGUAUUUCUUACUGAAAAAAGACCCCUCGCAGCCUUUUUAUAUAGGCCAUACUGUGAAAUCCGGUGACCUUGAGUAUGUAGAUGGUGAGGGAGGCAUCGUCUUAAGCAUUGAAUCGCUAAGACGACUCUCCCGUGUUCUUGAUGACUCUGACAAGUGUCCCGAGCAGGGAGGUAUGAUUUGGAAACUCGCUGAGGAUAAACAGCUAGCAAUCUGCCUGAAGUAUACUGGAGUGUUUGCUGAAAACGCAGAAGACUCAGAAGGAAAAGACGUCUUUAACACUAAAUCAGUUGGUGCUCUCAUUAAGGAAGCAAUGUCUACUCACCCUCAGCAGGUGGUGGAUGGCUGCUGCUCCGACAUGGCCAUCACAUUCAGCGGACUGGCCCCGAACCACAUGCACGUGAUGAUGUAUGGUGUUUACAGGCUGAGACCCUACGGCCACACAUACAAGGAUGCACUUGUCUUCUUGCCACCUGCAGACUCAGACAAUGACUGACAUCUCUACAGAGAAGACCUGGCACCAUGGAGUCGGCGCUUCUCAUGACUGUGAUUUUUGUAUCUGGUGGUACUGGUGUACAAUUUUUUUUGCACAUUGAGGUUUGGUAAAGCUCUUAAAAGUGGAAGGAGAACUCUUUUUCUACAUUUUUUUAUACAGAAACGCUUCUGGCUUUUGACAGUGUUGGAAUGAAAUGAUGAAGUUGUUAAAGUUUAUGAUAAAAGGAAAUUAAGUUUAUAUGGGGGUUUGUACCUGUAAAUAUUUAUUAAUGAAAACUCAAAUGAACUUUAGUCUACCAUUAUAAAUAUAUUUUUGCAAGACUUUGAUUCUUUCGAUUCUUCCAGGCAUUUCUAGAAUGUCUUUAUAUCUUUCUAAGAUAUACUAAUAAAACUGACAACAGAUUGAGUCUCAAA